AACUUAAGGAUGUUCGUCAAAGACAGAGUGAACAGGAUGCUAACGUUGCAAAGACAUUAAAGGACUUCACUGCCCAAUUGAAAGAUGACUUUGAUACAAAUGUUCGACCAAGAAUUACGAACUUAGAAGACGAAGCAGUUCAUGUCGAAGAGGAAAUGGCAGAAAUGAAGAAAGAGGAACAAGAAGACCACACAAGAGGUCUUCAUAAUGAAGCAGGCCUUAUUGAUGCAUCGAAAUUUGUUAAUACUGAACAUGAAAACUAUCAAGAGAAUAUGCAAGCUAUUAAUAAAUUAUUUGAUGUCGUUUAUAAUAGAUUAUCAUCUCUUGAACAUGCAAAGGCAGCACAACCACUCAAACCUGAACAACAACCAACUCAAAUCACAAAUACUAUUGUUCAAUCAAGCAGAGUUUCAUCCAGAGAUAAUUUAGAAUUAUUAAUUGCAAGGUUCUUACCAACAAUUAAGAUGAAUAAGGUUGAAAGGGAUAUGAAUGUUCAAUCAACUCCAAAUGCAGCAUAUGUUAUCGCAGAGGACGAGAAAAUCAAAGGACGUCGUGAUCCAGAUAUCAUGACUAAAUUAAUUGAUUUACAAUCAAAAUUUGAAACAAUGAGAAUUGAUCAAUAUGAAUGGGGUAAACUUGCUCGUCCAUAUUUUACUGGGGAUUUGAAAACAUCCUAUAGAAACAAAGCACGUUUUCCAGAAGAUCCAAGUAAAGGGAUCCAAUGGAGAGAUGUGUCUUUUUUGGUCGCCAAAUGUUGUAACUUGCCAUUUAGAAAUAGGCAAUCAACAGAAGAAUUGAUUAACAUCAAUCCAAAACCAGGUCAACUAGUCACUGAAUUCAUCAAUCAAUUGGAAGAACAAGCUGAUCAAUUAGUAUCUUAUUCGAAUAGUUUUAUCUCAACUCGUAACAUAAUUUUGGGAAAGUUGCAACAAUAUUUUUCAGCUGAAAUUGAAUUAUAUGAUUUAGAAUAUGCAAGACAAGAUACAUUUUUUGAAGAUUUAGAAAUUGCUUUCUUUGGAAAGAGAUUCCCAGAUCUGAUUAAAACAAGUGAAGUAGAUCCAAAUCUUGAAAUGUUCUACAUUAAUAAAUAUUCAUCAAAUCAAUAUGGCAAUAAAUAUAAGUCUCAAUUUAAACCAUGCACGUGUGACAACCCCCAAAACAAUUGGAGAAAUAAGAAUAAAACCAAGAAGUUUGAGAAGGAUGAGAAUAAGAAGGAGAAUUUGUCGAAGAUUAAAUCAAACAACAAUGAAUACCCAAGGUAUAAAGGUAAACGUAAAGGAAAGAGAAUCUAUGAAGUGGAAAUUGCAGUUGAUGAUGAGGAAGAUUUGACUUAUCAAAAUAUGGAAGAUUUAAUUGAAUGGAGUGAUGAAGACGAAGAAGAACUUCAGGAUGAAAUCGACAAUGAAGAGAAAGUGAAAGAUCUCGCAAUUGACUUAUUGGAUUCUGGUUCAGCAGCAAAUUUUAUGGAUUAUAAACUAUUGAAAUAUUUUACAGGCUACAAACUAUUGAAAGUGAAAGUACCAAUGAGAGCCAUUGCUGCAUUUGAUGAAACCCAAGCAAUUGAACAUGAAACUGAAAUUACAUUGCCAGAACCACUAAAUACCAAAGUGAAAGUAUAUUUGGUGCAUGAUUUAGACCAAAUACUUAUCGGUGAGCAGACCUUGAGAGAAUGGAGAUAUUCUAUUGAUGAAGAAGGAAGUAAAGUUUGCCUUUCAAAUAAUAAAUGUAUAUUACUUAUGCCAAAUUAUCCAAAUAAAAAAAUCCAAAAAAAAGAAGUUUAUUCUAUGCAAAUUAAAACUACAAAAACCCAAACAACAAAUUCAAAUUCAACUUAUAAAACACAACUUAUAAACAAAUACCCUGAAUUAUUUUCAACUGAGAAUAGAAAACCAAAGGACAGAACAUUUAAAUACCACAUUCUAACAGAAGAUGAAAUACCAGUUUUUCUGGUCCCAUAUUUUGCCACUCAUGAAGAACAAAAGGUCAUUGAAGAAUUUAUUACUGAGAAGAAGAAAGCAGGAAUCCUUGUAGAUGAAAUCCCAGGCUCUUGGUUGAGUCCCAUAUUUACAGUGAAGCAGAAGACGAAAUACAGAGUAGUAGUGGAUUUGAGAAGAAUCAAUGCCAAAACCGUCAAACAACCCGUAUAUCUACCAACAUUCAAAGACUUAAUCAAUGUAUUGAAAAAUCUGAAGUAUUUUUCUGUAUUUGAUCUUAAGGCAGCCUAUCAUCAGAUAGCUGUUGAUGAAGAAACAUCUAAGAAGUUUGGAAUUAUAACUCCAUGUGGAAAUUUUAAUUUUACAACAUUGCCAUUUGGUGCAGUGAAUUCACCAUUUGUUUUCUCUAGUUUCUUAAACAGAAUAUUACCCAAGCAGAAUGUUUUUGCAUACAUGGAUGACAUUCUCAUCCAUACAACCACAAUGAAAUUGCACAAGCAGGUUAUUGAACAAGUAUGUAGAAUUUUGAAUCAAAACGGUCUACAAAUGAAUAUGGACAAAACUCAAUUUAUACAAAGACAAGUGAAAUUUCUUGGAUAUCAAAUUGCUCAGAAUGCAAUAGCCCCAACAGAAGAUAAGAUAAGAGCAAUUCAGAAUUGGAAUAUACCACGUACAACCACCGAAGUUUGUUCUAUUGUCAAUUUCACUAAUUUUUUUAGAAAUUUCAUACCAAAUAUGUCGUCAAUGACAGGUCCACUUAAUGACUUAUUAAAAGAUAUCAAAGGGAAAAGAAAACCAAUCAAUCAUAAUCCACAAUCCAUUGAAGCUUUCAACAAACUCAAGAAAUGUUUAGUCCACCUACCAACACUUGCAACCUAUAAACCAGAUCAAAUAACCUAUGUUUUCUCAGAUUGUUCUGAUGAAGCCAUGGGCGGUGUCAUUUGCCAACUACACACACAGGGAAAUAGAAACUACUACCUCCCAAUCAGCUUUGCCUCUUUCAAAUUAAACCUAACUCAGAAAAGGUACUCUGCCAUGGAAAAGGAACUUUUAUCUAUCAUUACUAUUUUGAAGAAAUUCAAUUAUAUAUGCAAUGGAAAAAUAAUCGUAUUCACAGACCAUCAGUCACUCAGUAUCCUUCAAAGCAAAACAAGCAACCCUCCAAUGAGAAUAGCAAGAUUCCUUGAUGUACUUGGUGCUUAUUCACCUGAAAUCAGAUAUCUUCCUGGUAAAAAGAACUAUGUAGCAGACAUCCUAUCCAGAUAUCAAACCAUGAACAUUAAAGAUUAUGCUGAUGAAGCUGAAACAACUAAACCAAUAUUUACAGUAUCAAUCCAUGAUCUAAAUGACAACAAUAUUGAAGAUAUCAAAAAUCAUUUUGAAGAACAAUCCAAAGAAGUGUCUGAAGAGGAAGAAUUACCAUACGAAGAGUUUAAAUUGGUAAAUGGUGAACUCAAAGUCAUCAUUAAGAAUAGAUUAAUUGAUGUUGUAAGUAGAGAGAAAUACAAAGAUCAUGCAACAAAAAUCCACAACCUUCACCAUCCAUCAAUAAGAGUCACAGACUAUUUAUCGCAAAUGAGUUUAUGGCACCCUGAUCACAAGUUAAUCACCACUGAUAUCAUCAAUCAUUGCCCAUACUGCCAAACACAUUCCACUUUUUCUACAGUGCAAAGAGAACUUUAUAUAUUGGAACCUUUACAUGCAUUUGAAAGAUGGGGACUAGACUUUGUAAUCCUCAAUGAACAACAAGGUAAACGAUAUGUAUUAGUAGCAGUUGAAUAUAUCACAGGAUUGGUGUAUGCUAUGGCAACAACAAGUAUGGAAGCUGUACAUGUAUAUUGGCUCAUUAAAUGGAUAUAUCAGAUAUUUGGCAAACCUACUGAAAUAAUCACCGAUAAUGGAACAAGUUUUGUGAAUGAAUCUAUUAAGACGUUAUGUGACCAAUUAAAUAUCCAACACAAGCUUGCAUCAAAUUACCACCCAAUGACUAAUGGGCGAGUAGAAAAGGCAAAUGGUCUUUUGAAGAAGAUAUUGAAAGGUUUGACCAAUGGAACAAUGACAGACUGGCCAGAUUUCCUUGAACAUGCAGUGAACAUAUAUAAUUCAACUCCAUCAAUCUUUAAUCGAACACCAUUGUAUUUAGCAAUUGGAAAGACGACACCAAUGAAUGAAUUUGGAGAACGAAUGUAUCAGGAAUUCCAAACUGAGAAUAAUGACCAACGAAAUUCUGAAGAAGCAAAUGCCACUGAUAUUGAUAAUCAAAUGAUUAGAUUGUAUGAACUUGAAAUGAUGAACAAAGAUAGAGAGAUCAACACUGACUUGAAGAAAAGAAGAAUGACUAUGAUGAACUUGUUGAAGAAACCAUUUGGUAUCCCAGCUGGAUAUGCUAAAGGAGAAUGGGUACUAAAGAAGAAGAGAAAGAAGAAGAAGACUGACCCAGAUUAUGAUGGACCAUAUCAGAUUGUGAAAGUAAACUCAAACGAUGCUUAUACUUUAAGAAACAAAAAUGGAAGAGAAGAGAAGGGAACUUAUAAUGGUGAUAUGUUAAGACCAGCUUAUAUGUUUGAAGAUAGUCCAAUACAAGCUGCAAGUAAUUGGAAGAGAUCAUUACAAGAGGUAGAGAAGAAGUUGCUUACGAAGAUAGUUGAUGAAAUGAAUCAAUCCCCAGGGAGAGAAAGGGGAUGA